AUCUCCCACCGCGCGCGCGCGACACCAUGCGCAAUGACGACAGAGCACUUGUCCUCCAACGUUGUCAACUACCUGGUGUGGAGGUAUCUGCAAGAAGCUGGAUUCGCUAAGGCUGCCAAAGACCUCGAGUACGACUGGUACGAUGAGCCCGAAUCGCUUCCCUUCGCGUCAAAGGUAAACACGCACAUGCUGGUGCGCAUGUUGCAGGAUGCCUUGUGUUUCGAUGAACUACGCGCCUCCGCCUCAAAGGGCACAGAGCCGCGUCAGUACGUCUUUGGCCAUGACCACGGACGUCCCUUUGCACGUUACAACGGAGAGGCGCAUCGCCGGAAAACUUCCAUCGACCGACGCGAGAGAAGAAAUGAUGUCAACGGGCUAGCAAACGGAGCCACGACGGACGGCGGCGCUUCAACGCCAGCGCGGAAGAGGAAGAAGCCCCACGGAGCACCACGGGUAAAUGGAGACAUGGAGGUGGAUACCAAUGGAGCGUUAGUCCAGCACAACGAGUCGGAGACUGUCAUGUCGGAUGCGGAAUCGCCGGUUGAUGAAGACGUGCCGAUGGUGACUACCCUAAGUUUAGGGGAAAGCAAUGCGUUACAGACGGAGAAGCUUGCCGACCUAGGGCCGCAGACGACAUUUCUACGAAUCACCGAGCCUGACAAAACCCUCAUCCAUACAGAGUGGAAUCCGACGGAACCCCAAAUAUUGCUUACCGCAGGUGAAUCGUUAUUGCGGAUGUACAUGGUCCCCAGCUCUACGCAAGGGGAUGCCGCAAACGAACCAAGGUCGCAGGACCUUGAAAUCGGGUUGAACAACUUCACGAUCACGGCGUUAGCAUGGACUUUACCAGGCGAAGCAGUCAUUGGAACUCUGGAAGACAUGACCGCAGACAAUGGACAAAAGAUGAGCAAGGGUAAAAUCGUCCACCUGAGCCCAGAUGCAAAAGGAUUCCAGCCGCGACUGGUCACUUCGGUACUCGGCAGUGUCUUCGCCUUGCGAUAUAACGCACCGGCAAAUCUCGUUCUCAGCGUCUCCAGCACGGACACGGACUCCAGUAUAAGUGUGUGGAAAGAGCUAAGACAAGAGCCGCUUUGCACCCGGCAGACCGAUAAGCCUGUCUUCGCGGCGGAGUGGAUGAGCGAUACUACCUUCGUCGUUGCCGGCUAUGGAAUCCUUGAAACCUACUCCAUCAACCCGGAUAACAAACUGACGCUCAAAAAGUCGUACGCCACGUCUGUACAUUGGGAAAAUUUGCGUUACGACCCGGUAUGCGACAUCAUAGCCUGCAGCUCAGGUGAUCGCCCACAAUUGGGCCUCAUUUUGUCCGGAGACGACGAGGUCAGGACACACAGUUUGGAGGGCGAAGACAUCACCGGCCUCGAGUUCCAGCCACUCGCCAAUCCCUCUUCGCACCGCCCAGAAGAUCCACGCUUACUAGCAACCUCGUCCGAUACUGGCUUCUGGACCAUACAAUUCUGGAACGCCAAAAAGCCAUUCGAACCUCUGCAAAAGUUUACCAGCGGAUCAGUGGUCGAAAUCGCCUUCAGUCCGGAUGGUUACCUGUUGGCGGCGGCGGGGACGGACACGGUGACAUUCUGGGACCCAAAUGCAGGGAUUAGCAAAGCAACUUGGAUGCCACGAGAGGAGAACAAGGAAAAGUGGGACACAACAUUGCCAGAAACAAGAGAAACGGAACUGGAUCAUGGAUUACGCUGGGACGCCGAUGGAAAAAAGUUGGCCUACAAAUUGGGUAACCAGGUGAGUAUAGUCAGAGUCAGGCCGUAGCGCAACUUUGGGGCACAGGGCUGAUGGUAG